AUGUCACAACCACAACAGCCACUCGUCCAGAGCGCGCAACAGCCUCAGGCCCUUGGCCAGAACAGGACAUUCUCGCCACAUCCUCAACAACAGCAGCAACAGCAACAGCAGCAGCAACUACAGCAGCAGCAGCAGCAGCAGCAGCAGCAACAGCAACAGCAGCAACAACAGCUGCAACAACAUCACACAAAUUCCCCUACUAUUGCUCAACAACAGCUCAGACAGCAACAGCAGUCACAAGCUCCAAGACCCUCGCCCGAUCCUCGAUCGCCCACCACCUUUCCGGCCGGCAAUUUCUCAAGUUCCGGACAUAGUACCCCAAACAUAAGGACUCCAACCUCUGGUUUGGCAUCGCCUUCCGUCAACCAGUUUUCUCAGCCACAGACGCAGAAUCAGCCUCAGCAGCCGCAACAGAAUGCGCCUGUCUAUGCAACAUCGUACACUCCUACACACAUACCUCAGCAACAACCACAAAAUGGCCGAGCAACUCCAGGAAACACCGUUAACCAGCAAAGAUUCUCCGCACCGCAGCAACAAGUUCAAAAUCACCCCCAGCCUCACACCACAACAAACCACAUGGCCGCGCAGAGUCCCAUAAACUCCACGCUUCCUUCACCUUCACCUCACAAUGCCCAACCGAACGGCGCCAUACACAACUAUGCACACUCCCAGGCCACCUUUUCGCCCAGCGUGGCCCAACCUGUACCCACGCCCGGCACCAUGGGGCCCCCGAGUCAUCUGAACGCCCCUAAACCGGCGCCUACCCAAAAGACAUAUCAAUACGAGAUGGAUGAUUCCUUGGCCGGGACGGGCAUCAAUCUUGAUGAAGAAGAACAGUACAUGAACGACUAUGAGACCCGAGUAGGGUUCGGUGCUUUAGCUCCCGGCGGGAGAGGAAGCUUCUACGGCGCAGGACCAGCGAAUCAGCCCGCCGAGUCGUCGCAGUCUAAGUCGCAAGAGGAAAUGGCGGCAGAGGCGGCCGAUAGGGCUUGGACUGACGCUGCUCACCGAUACGCUGCCUCAGUAUCUCACGAUUUUCUCCAAGAAGGCUUUGUACUGCCAGCUCUGUUACACGCUCGGAUGAGCAAAGUAGCCGCAGCUAACGGGUUGGACUUGGUUCUCGACCAAAAGCAAGGCUCCACGAACCAGCCGCUAGGUCGCUUUCACUUUAUGCACAACUAUCCAAAGGAACCAUAUGUACGUGUUUCGACAAAAACUUGUCCGGACAACACUGUUGUCACGACGGUGGGAUCCUUCCUUCCAAAGGAAGCAAUUUUGUGUGACCAGAUCGCUCUGCUUUCUCUCGCAACCCGAACACGUUUGGGCGAGCUGCUUGCGGAUGCCAACCUGGUCUCUUCGCAUCGCCAGCAAACUGCUCAUGGUGUCAUUCCGUCCGAUUGGGUUGACGCCGCCAAGCCGCAUGAUGCUAUAGAAAGUGCAACUAGUUCUAGCACGAUUUCACGAAAGCGACCGGCAGAAGAGUUGGGCAAUGGCUUACCCACCCCGGUGUCGGAAGCGUCCCCUAAGAAUCAUUUUGCUGGCACGAUUGUCUCGCUUGGAAAGACUUCUCGAGAUGCCGAGGAAGCUCGGUUAAGGAAACGACAAAAACGCGCGGAGCAGGCAGCAGAAAGAGAGAAGAAUCCGGAUGGUACUAGUGCUUCUCGCUCAGCUUCAGUAGCUCCUGGCACGCCUGGCGCAGUUGCACCAGACCCUGACGCAAAGCCGCUUUCCAAGAAGGAAAGCAAGAAGGCAGCAAGACUCGCCGAUACCAGCAGUCUAUCUGUAAACUCCACACUUAGUCAAUUCAUGGGCGGAAAGAAGAAGAAAUAUUCUUGGAUGACGGGCGGAGGGGGUGGCAGUGGCGCAAGCACCCCAAAGGACCAGGCGGUGGAUUACCAGCCGCUGGAGCGUCCACCAAGGCUUCCAAAGGACCCCUUACACAAGAUGCAAGCCAACAGAUUGGUGGUCUCCGGGAGGACUCCGUCAAAGGCAAGCAUAUUCAAAUGCGUGACUGGAUCGAAGCGCUUGAGAACAACGGCUAUCUUACGGAUCAGGUUGCACUACAACAUGCUUAUAUCAGACUUGAAAGAUCAGAUUGGGGUGACAAAGUCAAGGUCUCCGCUCCGGCUCCAGUGGCUAGUCCGACUACGGUACCGACAGCAGUAG